AAGCAAUUUAUGAGAGACGAUCGGUGGGUGGUAUAUCCCGAUUGAGCAGUCUGCUCAUCAAGAGGCAAUCUCGACCGUGAUCAUCCCUUGACAUUACUCAAAUGAACUCAUCAACAGUAGGCGAAGCUACGCCCAGCACGUCAUACACGGCGUAAUCUCGCAGAGUCGGUGAUGUUAUUCAGAACUAAAGACGUGUAUAAGAAGUAGAAGUCAUCCUGAGAACUAAUGGCUUUUCUUGACUAGCAUCACAUUCUGCAUCUGACUCCCAACCCAUCAACUAAUCUCAAGAUGUUUCAAAACACUAUCAAAUUGUCUUUACUCUGCGCGGCCGUGGCCGUGUCAGCAGACCGAACCUUCUAUCCCAAUACUACCGGCCCUUACCGAGUCGGGUACAAGCACCUUGAGCUUGUCGAUUACAAGAGGCCGGACAUCUUCGCACAGAGCCCAUCACCUCGCGAUCUCAUGACCACUCUCUAUUACCCUAUUGAAAACACCCAAAAGACCUGCACCAUCCAGCCCCUUCUCGGGCCUCAUCUCGCAGCUUACUUAGACGGCCUGCUGUCGACCCCACCAGGGACUUUCACAGACUUCGCCUUGCCAGCAUGUGCGAACGCUUCCCUUGCCCGCCCAGAUCUACCUCUCGUGUUAUUCAGCCACGGAUACAGGGGUUCACGACUUCUCUAUUCCGGCUUCCUCCAAGAAUUCGCUAGCUACGGAUACAACAUAUUGGCUGUCGACCACCCUUCCGACGCUCAAGUAGUCGAGUAUCCCGACGGCCGCUUCGUGUACAACAGCCUCGGCGACGACGCACCAUAUGACAUCGAACAAGCCCUUCACGUGCGUGUGCAAGACAUGAUCUUCGCCCUCAACGCCAUGGGCAACAAGAACAUCACCUCCAGGAUCCCGGGUCUGUCCUACAAACGCCUGCAGACGACUGGCGUCGGCAUCCUGGGCCAUUCCCUCGGCGGCGCUACGACGUUCCAGUCCACCGCCAACGACACGCGCUUCAUCGCAGGAACGAGCUUUGACGGACCUUUCUGGGGGUCCGCCAACCAGACGGGAACUGACGCCCCAUACAUGCUGAUGGCUGCCCUCGAGCCCUCGAACGCGUACUGGGAGUCGGAAUGGACGACCACAUGGCCCCUACUACGGAGCGCCAAGGGGUGGUUCAACGUCGCCGGGUCGCUGCAUCUUUCCUUUGACGACUUCCCCCUCCUGUCUGAACUCCUGGGUGCUGGCACCGGUGGCAUUUUGGGUAAUGUCACGGGCACCAGGAUGAUCGAGAUACAAUCGACGUUUACGAAGAGCUUCUUCAACCAAUUCCUCAAGAACGAGACCGAUGGUCUGUUCGAAGGUGGUAUAAAUAGUGAUUGGCCUGAGGUUUCUCUCGUCAUGAGCUGAGCUUGAGGAGAUGAUGUGUAA